AAUAACUUAUAGUAGAAAUAUUAUAAAAUAUUAAAUAUUAAUAUGAAACAUAUUGAAAAGAUCCCAAGAAUUGAAAUAUAAAAGAAUAAAAAUAGGAGGGCACAAAUAAAAAUAUAAACAUAUUAAAGAAUAUUAAACAUGGCACAAAUUCUAAAUCGUAACAAUAUUAUAAACUAACAAAAAAGGAAAUAAUGCUAAAAAUGACUUUUAUAUUUAAUGCAUUCGUUAACUGUAGCGUGAUAUCUGUGAUCCUUUUAAUUAAAAAUAAAAGUAGUUAUGUCUUUAUUCAUUAAUCAUUCACUAAAUGGUUACGUGUUACUUAUUCAUUCACUAGUUUUGGCUGUUUACAAGUCUCACGCUGCACGUGACAGUGGGCGUUACCUCAGUGAACGUCGCCCCUCCCGUUAAUUUCUUCCAUUCAUUUCUCGUUCAGUACUUCCUGUAAAAGGUAAACAAAUGGCGAUCUGCACCUCGAGCCGUAAAAUGACUCAAAAUUUUUACAAGCUUUGCAAGGCCUCCGACAUUGAAUGGCUCAACGUAUCCUCAUCCUGUUCAACUCUUGGCCAGGGACGCAUCAAGAAAAUCAUGCAGAAGGAUACAGAGGUUGGACGAAUCGCUACAGCUGUACCGGUUAUCAUAUAUCAGGCCUCCGCUGCAUCCACAUCAGAGAGCAAAACUAAGGGCAAAUGGCAGUCACACAGAAAACGGUGGCAAAGUGUACCAUUCAAAGCCAGGUCACCUGAGAGGGAGAAGCUCCCCGAGAAAUCCACAAAUGAUCGGGUGAUCAACAGCGAUUCGUCCAGUGAAUCUGAACUUUUCAUUUGUCUGGAAACUCAUUCACCCUGAAGAGUGAAAAUUUUUACUAGAUCCAACAAUCCUUUACACAGAGAACUGCAGUAUUACUUAUGAAGACCCAACAUGGUUUUGUUUUGGGGGGGUAUAAUUCUUAGCAUCUGAAAAUAUUGAAUUUUUAAUUUGAUUUGUUGUGGUGUUAGAUUGACCAUGAAAUUAAUGAUGUAGUUGUUUGUUUUCACAACUGUGAUAAAAUUAAGUUUUUAAUUGUG